AUGGACGCGCAGAAGGCUUUCACGGCAAAGGCUGUUACGUGGCUGAAGGCGACCUUCAAGUCUAGAAGAACCAUCAAGACUUGGAUUCGAUGCUGCAUUUCGCUCGCCAUUUCGUUGAUCUACCUCUGUGCUACCAAGACUUCGAAAGCAGAGGGACAGGCGGCGUUCUUUGCAUCGAUCCUGGCAGUUUUGCUACCGCCGUCUUUCGCGCUAUCGAUGUUUCUGUUUGUAUCGACUACGCUCAUAAUAGGUAUGCUUUUCGGUUGGGCGUGGGGCUGCGCCGCCAUGGCAUCUGCUCUUUCGGUUCGUGACCAAGCUCGAUUGGCGCGGCAGGUUCAUGCUCUUCAGUCUUCGUUGGUUCUUCGCAGCUCAUAUUGGGCAUACAGCGGUACCCCCACGGCGCUUCAAUACGAAAGCGCCAUAUUCCACGGCCAGUUUCUUGAUCCUCGGUCUUCGGCCGUGUUUGGUGCUUUCUUCUUCAUUGGGACCUUCUUUUUCUCGACUGUGGUUGCGUACAGACCAAAGCUUGCCCUUUUCAGUAUAUUUGGCAGCAUCGUUCUGGACCUCAUGUGUCUUUAUGGCCCUGUCUUCCCGAUAUCUCAGUAUACACUUGCCAAGCUGUUCCUGAUUCCUACUGGCUUUUAUCUCGCGACCGCCCUCGCAUGCCUCAUCUGCAUCUUUCCAGAAUCUCUGAAUCAUGUUUGGCUGAGCUUACUUGGUGGCGGCGUGCUUAAACCCGUCCUUGACAUCAUCGAUCUUCAAGCUGAAACCCUACAGACGAGUGCCUCGGACCACGAGGCAUUUGAAAGACUGAUUCGGCGAGGGAAAACGUAUCGCACGUCAUUAGUCGUAGGAUUUCAAGGCCUUCAAGGUCAAAUUAGCUUCAUUGACCUCGAGAGCUCGAUGGGAAGACUAGGCGCUGCAGAUCUGAAGCAAGUAAACAAGGAAUUGAAGACGUUAACGAACCGGACAGCUGGGUUAUUAGCGUUUCAGACGGCGGUAGAUAACUUGCUUGUCGCGCAUGCCAAAGCUGGUCAUGAUGAAGAUCCGAAGUCUAACAAGGCGAUUAUAAACCGGUCAAUCUUGCUAUUGCGCGAUAUACGGGCUCGCGAAGUAAAGCAUGGCCUUGACCUGGAGACUUUGGUUCCAUUACUGUCUAAUGCGUCCAAGACCCUUAACAAUGACUGUUCGGAAACUGUUAAGAUCAUCACGACGUGGUUUAAAGACUGCAAUAAUACAAGGUGGUCAUGGUUGUUCAGUAAGCCGUCUCCCGAGAAGAUGCAGCAAAGGCAGCAGGGUCUAGUUGAGCAGUUGAAUGUUAUCAAGAAAUCAUUGGACCACUUUCGUAACGUCGAGCGGGUUCAACUCAUCAGGCCAUUUGAACGAUUUUUCGAUCCAGUCACCGGUCGACUACUUGCCUCAGUUAAAGAAGAUGCGGGUACCUCGGGUUUCUCUGUGAGGUCGCUGUUCAUAUGUUUCGUGUUCUGUGAUACCUUGGAGGCUUUUGCGGAUUCCCUCAUCAAGCUCCUGACCCUGAUUGUCUAUCUUGAUGAGAAGCGGCCAGAGCCUAGGUUAUGGAUGCCCAUUGGAUACGGAAGCCUGGGAGGCAGAGCAAAAGGGACCGGCGGAACAAAUAAAAACGUUUCGCCCUUCGCGAUGGGGGCGCCUACGGAUCCGUUCAAAUUCGAGGAGAGUCUAGCCGAGUCUCAGGAUACGCUCAAGGCUGAAAGCGAGAAAGAUGAAAUGGAGGCAGGGGUUGUCCCCCGCGAUCCUGACGCACUUCCGCCCAAAUCCGCUCUUGGGAAGUUCUCUCUCAAGUUAACCUCGGCUGUCAGGUUCCUCUGGUCACCCGAGGGUGUCUACGCGAUGAGAUAUGGCCUUGUGUCAAUAGCGCUCUGGAUUCCGUAUGUUUGUUCCUCAAGCGUGUGGUUCGUGUAUCAAUAUCGGGGGAUUUGGGCGGUGAUUAUGGCUCAGAUUGGUCUAGCUGUAUUUGCGGGAGAUCAGAUAUAUAGCUACGGUGUUCGGUUAAUCGGAACUGGCAUUGGUUUGCUCAAUGGUCUUGUGGCGUGGUAUAUUGGUGCUGCCCGAGGGAAUGGUAACCCUUAUGGUAUCGUUAUAAUCACGGUCUCAUUGACUGCGCCUUUCGUGUUGAAGAGUAUCACAUGUCGGCCCAGUGACAAACCUUUCUGGAGUAUGAUCGGAGUAACCACUGUAUUUGUUGUCGGAUACAGUUGGGUCGACGCCCAUCAGGUCAUGCUGGCCAACACUGGAAAAGGUAUCGAUAUCGCAUGGAAGCGAGCCCUGCUUAUCAUCAUAGGGUUUACUGCUGGGUUUAUCGUGAUGAUAGUACCUAGGUUGACAUCUUCUCGUCUUUUCGUCCGUCGGUCUUUGGCUGCCAUUACAGAUGAACUGGGUAACAUAUUCGCCUCGGAAGUUGAGGCAUUCCUAGCGGAAGAGCGCAAGACUCGGCUUAAUAGCGACGCGGAGAAGGACCAUACGAAUCGAUCCGAUAAUGUCUCAACGAAGGAGCAGCGCAUCCGGAUGUUCACACCUAGGAUGCUUGCGAUCGCUACCCGGCUACAAGAGCUGCAGCCGACAUUGACUGCUGCGAAAUGGGAACCCCACGUUUCGGGCCAGUGGCCGUACGAGCAGUACACAUUAUUGCAUAUGAAAUUAACACGGCUUCUUUCGACUUUGAACCUUCUCGUGGCAGCCAUGUCAAGAAUGGACGAACGAUGGUGUGGAAUCCUCGUACAUCACACCCCAUUUAUGAAUCCUAGCUUCCUUUCCGAUGUUUUCACACAGAUCUCUGUCAUCUCCAGCUGCCUUUCUGGUGCUCGUCCUUUACCUCCUGCAUUCUUCAACCUGAAGGAUCGGAUCAUCUAUCACGAGCGUCGUGCGAGGGUUGUUCGGCGUAGACACGCCCAGAUACAAGAGGAGGUAAAGGAUGGCGACUCCGAUUCUUCCGAUUCCGACGUUGAGGACUCUACAGACCAUGAGCCGGAAAAGGUGGAUAGCACCAGGAUUGGUAUCGAAGAGCUGACGCUACAGGUUCUCAUGGCGAUCUUGAAUGCAGCUGUCAUUAUAGCUGUUAUCUCGCUGUCCUCUGUCGUAACUCUUCUGGAUGAUAUUUCUAGUAUCAUUAAGGACCUGUGUGGCGAGACAUCCUUUUCUAGCUUGGACAUGUUGCAUCGUCGAUUCUUGACUUUUGAGGAAGAGACGCUUGGCCAUACUGUAUAG